AUGGUCAAUCUUUUUUCGUGGAAAAAUAAAUCUGAGUCAGAAUUUGUAGUGUCAGCAGUCGAGAGUCAGAAUGAUUCAGAACCGGAAGGGUAUAGAAAAGAUGCCGACGGCAACGCAUUUGUUCUCAGCGGCCUAAAGGCAGGUGUGAAAAACAGAAUGAUAAACCUUAUCAGUCUAUGUGGAAUUAUUGGACCAGGAUGUUUGAUUGGUAUGGGUGGAGCAUUAGCUAAAGGUGGACCGGUUGGCCUUAUUGUUGGCUUUACAAUUAUUGGCGUUUUGGUGCUAGGAAUGAUGGCCAGUAUUGGUGAAAUGAACGCUGUUUUGGAUGCCAACUUUGGUGUGUUAGGCUCUCGAUUUGUGUCACGUGGAUUUGGUGCCGCUCUUUCUCUAUUCUAUGUUAUUGUUUGGGUCACCGUUUUAAUUGCAGAGUACACAAACUUGUCAAGUUCCAUGCAAGCUUAUACAGACAAAGUUCCCUAUUGGGGAUGGGUUGUCAUAUUCUGGGUAUUCUUUUCGGGUAUGUCCUCCUUAAGUGUUAACUGGUAUGGUGAAAUAGAGUAUGUGCUUGGAAUAUUUAAGCUUACAUUUCUUGCUGGAUAUUAUAUAUUUGCAAUUAUAUAUGCUGCUGGGGGUAUUAAAGGGCAUAAACCGGACAACCCAUGGGGAAAUUAUCCAUUGAAUGACGGCUUCAAGGGUAUUGCAAAUUCGUUUGUAUAUGCUGCGACAUUUUACUCCGGUGUUGAAUCUGUUUCGAUAAUUGCAGCAGAGGCAAGAAACCCACGCCGUGCAAUUCCUACUGCUGUGAAAAAUACAGUGAUCAGAAUUUUCUUUGUCUACUAUGGUUUAACUAUUUCAAACGGGAUAACCGUGGCCUAUAAUGAUUCUUACCUUUCAAACGAUUCAAAAGUGCUAAAGGCACCAAUGACAAUUGCUUUGACUGAAGCAGGAUGGGAAAAUUCAAAGUACUUUAUAGCAUCAAUGAUUCUUAUGACAUGCUUAUCUUCUAUCAAUUCUGCCAUAUAUAUAGCGAGUCGUGCACUUUUUAGCUGGUCUGAACAGGGUUAUGGCCCCAAAGUGUUUUCUAAGGUCAACAAGAAAGGCGUUCCAUAUAUUGCUGUUCAUUUCGCACAUCUAUUUUGCUUUCUUUCAAUCUUGGGAUGGAAAUCAGGCUCUACAGUCGCCUAUAACUACAUAGUGAACGUUUCUGGUGUUGCAUGCUUUAUAGUUUGGACAGCUAUAGUCAUUAUCCAUAUUAGGUUUCGUCAUGGAUGGGUUCUUCAGGGUUACAGCCUUUCUUCAUUGCCCUUCAAAUCUCCAUGCUUCCCGUACUUCGAUAUUAUUGCCAUCAUUUUGGGAAUACUGUUAAUAUUGGUCCAAGGCUGGACAGUUUUCAAGCCAUUCGAUGUCAAUCAGUUUAUAGACUCUUACAUUUUAUUACCUCUUUUCUUUAUUGUGUGGGCUGGAUAUGACCUUUAUUUCAAAACAAGAAUAAUACCACUUGGUGACUUUGACUUUGAAACUGGCAGGAGACCAGAUUUAGAUGACUCUAUAGUCAUCGAUUCAAGAGAGAAGGAUUAA